UCGACCUUCCGUUGACCAAUCGCCAGAUUUCCCACGUAGCGCACCAUGCGUCUUUGACAUCACUCAGAUAACAACAACAGCAGUAUUCUUAUCCACCAGCAGCAAUAGCAAGAACAGCAAUAUCCCACCAGGACGAGCGGCUCCAAGACCAUUCAUACCUGUAGUACUCAUCCCACAUCAUGGUCUUUUACCUCCCCGACCUGCGACGAGACAACAUCGCCCUCUACACAAUUCCCGCAUUCUGGGCCAUCUCCAUCUAUCCGCGGAUUUUCGCCUUGAAGCUUUUCGAGGCCGAGACCAGCGAGAAAUUCGAUACCAGAGUCCCCCGGGAUUUCCAGGGGAAAGUCGCAGCCAACACGAAACUAGACGAGUCCAAAAGAGGACGUAUUCGUCGUGCUGAAGCAGCGUGUGCCAAUGGUUUCGAAAACUUUGGACUAUUUGCUGCAGCUGUCACCGCCGGUAGCUUUGCUGGUUUAGACCCGUUGACUCUCAAUGGCUUGACUUUGGGAUAUUUGGUUAGUCGGAUCUUCUAUAAUCGGUACUAUAUUGCUGCCGAGACUGCGGGCAUAGCAAAGGUCAGAACAGCAGCGUAUAUGGGUGGGUUGGCGUUGUUAUUCACAAUAUUCAUCAAGGCUGCACAGAAGUUGAAUAAGCUUAAUGCAUGAAGCAAUUGAUGGUUGGAUGGAAUGUCAUUCGAUUCGCUUAAGCCGACUCUCUAUGAGCAUUUCACU